GAUUAAAAAUAGUCUAGCGCCAGGUUACGGAUAGACGUGAAGUCAUGUUGGUCUUAAGAUUCAUUCUUUUGUACUUGCCUUUCUGUCUAUGGAUAUGUAAGGCUGAGGAUGCUGCUACAGCACCUGAAGUCGAAAACAAGAGACCGUCAUUCAAGAACCCAAAUAUCCCUAAAAAUGCCUACCUUGCACUGUUCUUCAACUCACCAUCAGAUAUUACUGAAAAACUUGUAGUCUCCCAGGCACGCAAAGAUGGUAUAGAUGACUCAAUCGCCAAGUAUGAUGGUGUUUGGUCUGUUGAAGUGCCAUAUACUAGUGCAAUAGAAAAUGAUCAUGCACUGGUACUCAAAUCCAAGGCCAAACAUCAUGCUGUUUCGACAAAACUGUUCAAACCAUUAAAGUUUGAUACCAACGAGCUUGUUAUCCAGUAUGAUGUCAAGUUCCAAGAUGGGAUCGAUUGUGGUGGCGCCUACAUAAAGUUGUUGAGUGCUUCACCGAAUUUGGACCUGAAACAAUUUAAUGAUAAAACUCCGUAUACAAUUAUGUUUGGUCCUGACAAAUGUGGACUAGAGAACAAAUUCCACUUUAUUUUCCGUCACAAAAAUCCCAAAACUGGUGUGUAUGAGGAAAAGCACGCUAAAAAGGUUGUUCCAGAACUGGAGUCAUACUUUUCAGACAAGAAGACACACCUUUACACAUUAGUUUUACGUUCGGAUAACUCAUUUGAGCGGUACAUCGACCAGAUUAAGGUUCAAAGUGGCAGCCUACUUGAAGAUUUUGAUCCUCCAGUUAAUCCUCCCAAAGAAAUUGAUGAUCCUGACGAUAAAAAACCAAGUGAUUGGGAUGAAAGAGAAAAGAUUGUCGAUACAAAUGCCAAGAAGCCGGAUGACUGGGAUGAAGAUGCUCCUGCAACUAUCGAAGAUGAAAGUGCUGUGAAACCAUCCGGAUGGCUUGAUGAUGAACCAGAGAUGAUUUCAGACCCUGCUGCAGUACCUCCAAAAGACUGGGAUCGUGAAAUGGAUGGUGAGUGGGUUGCACCACAAAUAAACAAUCCUAAAUGUGCUAGUGCACCUGGGUGCGGUAAAUGGCAUCGACCAGUUAUACCAAAUCCAAAAUACAAGGGCAAAUGGUCUGCUCCAAUGAUUCCUAAUCCAAAUUAUAAGGGUAUUUGGACACCAAGGAAAAUUCCAAACCCUCAUUAUUUUGAAGAAAAGAAUCCUUUCAAGAGCUUAGCUGAAGUGGUGAUGUGGAAUCGAUUUUUUUCAUUCUUGAUGUGUUACACCUUCCCGUAGUAAAUGUGUUGAAAACCUGAUACCUACAUAACGUUCAUAUUUUAUUAUCGAAUUUUUGUUGCUUAGUUGUACAGUCAGUUUGAUAUGUCUCUAUGAAUGAUGCCCUUGUUCCCAUCGUUACUUUUUAUGGUCUUGUUUGUGAUUUUGGUGACCAUAUUGUUCCAUAUUAUCGAGUAGUAUUUUGCCGGAUGUAUUUUUGAAAUUGCAAUGGAGUCGGUCAUGUGAAAUCAACAACUUGUAUCUCUCGCAUCCCACUUUUCCAGACUUUGUUGGCAAUGCGAUUCUCACAGUUUCCUUGUGACCAUUUUUUAGCAACGCUAUAGCUUGUAAAGUAUUGUUGCUAAGUUUGUUGUAUGUAUGUUCGUAUUUGACUAUUUUGAAUGCUAAGUUAACAAAUAAUCUACGUUUAUCGUAGUCCAGAACUUUAUUUAUAUUCAUAAUUCAAUUACCUUAACUUUAUUCCUAGAACGCAAUAGGUCUAGAAUUAUGGUCCAUGACUGACGGCAUUACUUUUGACAACUUCCUGAUUGUUGAUUCAAAGCGCGCGGCUGAUGAAUUUGCUCAAGAAACAUGGGCAAUUAAAAAGGAAGCUGAAAGAAUAGCCGAUCCGAAAGCACAAAGCGUUGUGGAUGCUAUACGAGAAACCUAUAAUGAGAAACCUUGGCUUAUAUUUGUAGUUGGCCUUGUUUGUACAUUACCCAUUCUUUUAUGCUGUAUCUAUAUGUGCCGGUCACCAUCCAAACAACAUGAUAUUGGUAUGCGCAAGAAGACGGAUACAUCCACGCCGGACGACUCUCAUGUACAUGUUGGUGAAAGAAAUGCAGAAACCGAAGAAUUAGAAGAAUCUGGCGAAGAAGAUAUUGUCCAAAUUUCUAAAGGCUCCGGUGAUGAAUCAACCGCAAAUAAAACAGGGAGUAGCAGAGAUAACUCCGGAGAGGAAACUCCUGAUGAAUCUGGAGAAACCGAGAAAGCUUCGGCUGCAAAACAGUCUAUUAGAAAACGACGUUCACGAAAGGAAUAAACUUACUCCCUUGGAUUUCAUUCCUGAAACAUGUGUUCGUAUAGCUUAUUUAAUCCUAAACCUUACAAGCAUGUUUUCUUUGGAUUGGUGAGACAUAAUCGUAAUUAUCAUCUCUCCCGUUAUGUUAUUUGUUACUGUAGUUUUGUGUCUUUUGUGAAAACAGUUUAUGUCUGUUUAUCUACGUAUCAUUCACUCUUCGAUAUAUGUAGAUGUUGAAUUGGCAUUACAUUUUGUUUCCAUUUUAUAGUUUUGAAAAUUUUGUUUCUUAUUGUCAUCUCGUUUCAACCCAGUGUUUCUUGCUUACGAAUAUGUUUUAAUUCAUUUUCAUUUGAAGUUGACGUUUGUGUUUUACGAUCAAUAAUUUUCAUUUUGUGAAUAAAAUCAUUCUCUACGU